UAGCUUGAGAGAUUCAGCAGGACUGCAAUAUCAACAAGUUGACUGUGUGUUUGUCAUACUGCACUGUCUCUUGACGUCGGUUCGCAAAAACUGUUUUCACAGCGGAUCAGUUCAAAAUGUAGCACGGAAGCAGAAGAUGGGAAAAUUUUAAUCCCGAGGGUUUGGCAGAUCCAGGAAAAAUGUGGAGAGAUGCAGAACAGGCACUGACUCUAAUGUGGCUCCUCUCUUGGGUCCCACACAGCAUGUGCAAUUCUCCACCAGGGAGGCCCAGACUUACAAGAUGUCGUUCACCUGAGAAAGAGACCUUUACUUGCUGGUGGGAGCCUGGAUCAACAGGUGGAUUACCCACCAGCUACCACCUAUAUUACAGAAAAGAGAGCUCUGUUGAAGUCUUUGAAUGUCCAGAUUAUCAUAAAGCUGGGAACAAUUCCUGCUAUUUUGAUAAACGACACACAUCUAUUUGGAUCAUAUACAACAUCACAGUGGUGGCCUCCAAUGCACUGGGACAAGCCUACUCAGAAUCUGUGGAAGUAGAUGUUAUGGAUAUUGUGCAGCCUCACCACCCAAAGAAUAUGAAUGUGACUUUGAUGCAAAGCGAGAACAGCCCUUACUUCCUGGUGCAGUGGCAGCCCCCCCAGGAUGCAGACACACGUUCAGGCUGGGUCACAAUUAAAUAUGAAGUUCGCAUAAAAAUAGAGAACAGCAAAGACGAGGAGUACAGUGAUUGGGAGUCAUACAAUGCUGGAAAACAGUUGGAUUUGAGGAUUUACAGUCCUCAGCCUGGAGCAAACUACAUUGCGCAGGUGCGCUGCAAACUAGACCAAGGACUGUGGAGUGAAUGGGGCCCCUCCGCUUUUAUCCAGAUUCCAGACAAAACCUCGGAUACACCGAAUGUGGUUCUGAUUUUUGCCGUCACUCUAACAGGCUUCAUUUUCCUCCUGACUGCAGGAAUGCUGGUGGUCAAGAAGAAAAAUGUGAAGCAUUUUUUACUGCCACCAGUUCCAAAACCGAAGAUCAAUGGCUUAGACACUCAGCUCCUUAAGAGUGGGAAAUCUGAGGAAAUCUUCAGCGCUUUGAUUUUCCAGGGUUAUCCCCAAAUAGCCCAUGGCACUGAGCGUCAAGUGGAUUAUCUUGUGGUCUCUGACAAUUAUGAGGAAAUGGAGUGUGAUGGUAAAGCUUAUCUUGAGGACCACGAGAACUGUCCAAAAGAUCAUCCUCAAGAGAUCCCCCAAAAUAACAUACAGAAACUACACAACACACAGAGUGAGCAGAUAAGCAUUCCUGCUCAUGGACAUUAUUCUCAGAACUGCAUUCCUAUAUUAAAAACAACCCACCCUGGGACUACAUCCAGUCAGCUAAGUGCUCCCAGCAUAGACCAUCUCAGCAUCCUGGGAGUAACUCAAAAACUACUCAACGUUGAUUGUAAUUGCUUACAACUAAAAGCACAGGACCACAAUGCAGCCGACACUCAUUUGAGCUCCUGUGGUAAAUGUGACAAUGACCAGAGAAAAGUCAGCAUUACCCCUGCCAGACUUACGGGGUACGUUGUGGUGGAUGAAGAGAAAGCGCUGGUAGGGGAGGAUUACAGUAUGGUCAGUGGCGUUAUGAGGGAUAAUAUCCUUGUACUGCAAAAAGACAGCUCCCCUGAACAGGGACACAAAGAGGACAAAGCUUCUAAAGCGGAGGAGAAAGAAGGUGCCACUGAUCCUCUAGAAUAUUUGGAAACUGUGACGAUCUUGACUAUUUUGUGACCUCAACGUAAGAGGUCUGGGAUUAUUAUUGAUAUUCAUAUUGUACUGUGGAAUCUGUCAAAGCACUUUUGCUAAAAUGUUUAAAAGCAUCUUUUAUGUUUAAUCUAUCAGUCGGAGCAACUUGUGUCUUUGUUGUGUGAAAAAAAGAGGUCAUUCUUUGAGUAAGUAAUUCUUACUAAUUGAAAUAUACACUACUAGUCAAAGGUUUGGACACACUGUUUCUCAUGCUCUUAAAAACCUUUUGAUCCAAAGGCUCAUGCUUGAAAAGCUUUAGUUUUGCAUUCACAUUGUGUCCAAAUAUGAAUUUCUUUACAAAACUGAAAUUAUUAUAAUGAUUUGUUUGGAGCCAUAACGAGAACCCUAUAUCUCUGGGAUUUAACCGUAUAGGGUUUUACAAAUGAAGAUACACAUUUGAUGCACUCACAAUUGGCAUUUAAUGCUAGAAGGUUUGAUUUUGGCAGUAGACCUAUAUAUCUGUGUGAAAAUAAAAUAAUCAUGCUGCCACCUUUCUAUAGUUAUUUUUUGACUUGUAGAUUUGCUUCCAAAUUGUAUAGGCAAAAACCGUAAUUUUGAACGAAAUAAUGGUUCACUCAGUAAAUAUUUAUCUGUGGCAUUUGAUAUUUUAGGUUUCAUAAUAAUGUAUGUACAUAUUUCACCACUUGACACUAAUAUAUAAAUUAUAUAUUUUUUUAUUGGUCACACAACAUCCACACUGAAAAAAGUGUAAGCAGCUCUUUUGAAAAUACUAAAUCAGUAUACUUGAGAUGAGAACAUAAUUAAAUUGCAUAAACUCCUAGUGAUAUUCAAAACAGUCAUAAAAAAGUGAUAUGAUCACAUUGCUAUGAAAUGUUAAAUGGAUUCAGACUUCUAACGGAUGGUGUUCACUCAAAGUGAUUUUCACUGCUUGCUAAACGUAUUUAAAAUUAGCUAAUGCAACACUAUUCUUUCAAAUUUGGUCUCAACUUAAUUUAAUUAUGUACAAUUAAUCUGUGUUCACUUAAUCCAGUUGUGUUUGAACCCAUGUUUACAAUUGAAUUAAGAUUUCAGUGCAGUUCUUACUAAAUAGUUUUGAUGACUUUACAAUAAAUGAAGAAUGUUUAAAAUAGUACUGAUAAAGAAUGAGUGUGUCCAAACAUUUGACUAGUAGUAUAGGUGUUUCUCUAAUCUGUUGGCUUGCUCCUUAUGGUUUCAAAACAGGAAGCUGGCGUAAAGGUCGAAAAAGAGAUAAAGUGGCAGUUAUGCUGCAGUUUCAUGGUCAGCGUUCUUAUAUUCCAAGCCAUAACACAUCGACCAACAUUUGUUAAAAAAUACCCCACUAAAGAUCAUUAUAUUAAUUGUUAAACCUUGUUUCAACUUCCUCACCAUAGCAGACCAACUAAACUCAAGGAGUUUCCGUGAUUCUGCCAAGAGAGUUAUUCUCAAUGCUUGCUGCUCAUUAUCUUUUGAAGUUGUUUGUGGUUUUUAUAGUUUCGCUGAAACUGUUUCCACACAUAGUUAAAAAAAUUAAACAGUUUUUCUAUAUUUAUUCACAAUGAUUAUGAAUACCAAAACUGUGAGAUUUUUGUUUUUGCCUGAAAAAAAAAAAAAAAAAACAA